AUGUUCCCUUGCACCCCAGGUUUCAGAGUUAUGGCGAGAUUUCCAAGAGCCCGAAACCUCCCAGCUCGUCGAGGUAGGUCAUCUUCAUCUGAUGCGCGUUCCAGCUGUUGGAAGACAAAAGAAGCAGACGAACAGAGUGAUUUGCCAUUGGCCUGUGAGAAAAGAGAAUGGAAAGGUGCAACUUGCCCAGUUUGCUUGGAGCAUCCACAUGAUGCCGUCCUCCUCCUCUGUACUUCUCACCACAAGGGUUGCCGGCCUUAUAUGUGUGGCACCAACUACCAUCACUCUAACUGUCUUGAACACUUCAAAGAAGCUUAUGCGAAAGAGAAAUUGGCCCUUGGUGAUUCCGCCGAGUCCGCACUUAACCUUCCAUUUUCUCCAAACACAGAACCAGCAAACAAGCAUCCAUCUACAAUGGAACUUGCAUGCCCUCUGUGCCGUGGGGAUGUUAAAGGAUGGACUGUGGUUGAACCUGCUCGUCAGUAUCUCAACCGCAAGAAGAGAGCAUGUGUGCAUGAUGCCUGCUCGUUCGUUGGUUCAUAUAGAGAACUUUGCAAGCAUGUGAACUCCAAACACCCUUCAGCAAAACCUCGUGAGGUUGAUCCUGCACUUGCAAGUGAGUGGAAAAAGUUUGAAUGUGAAAGAGAGCGCCAGGAUGCAAUCAGUACUAUCAGGGCUUCGAACCCAGGAGCUGUGAUUAUGGGGGAUUAUGUACUUGAAUUGAACGGUGGCAGCAACAACAGUAUGUUCGCCGAUGGAGAUGAAUUUGACUUGGAGAGACUCAACUUCUUCACUUCCAUGGAUCGCACCCUGAACGAGAGGAUCGACUUCUAUGAAUCUUCAGAAGGUAGUUUGGAUGAGAGCAUCGACUUCCUGGCAUCCUUAUUUGGCCGUGGCAGGCGGAUCACAAGUGGAGACUCACACAGCAGGGCUUACAGAAGGCACAGGGAGAGGCCUAGGCGUAACCACCUGGGCAUAUCAGUUGAUUCUUCUGAUAUCCGGCAAGAUCCAGUCAACACUCAAAGGGGGCAGCGAGUUGCUGCUGUUCGAGGGAGAGCCCCACGGCGGCACCAUCCUAUGGUGACUCACGUGAGGUCGACACGUGGGAGCUGA